AAACUUGCUUCCGAAUCCGAACCUCAGUGUUGCUCCUGCGCCCGCCGUUGAAAAAAUUUCGAUCACUUUAUCUCUCUCUCUCUCUCUCGAGCUUGGAAACCCUAACGCACUCUUUGAAAAAUCGAGGUUGGGAGGAAGAAAGGCUUUCCAUUUGCUGUAGAUACAAGUUCCAGAUAUUUAGAAUCAUUCUUAGGAGCUAAAUCUAUGGAGAGGAUCCACAAUUUCUUUGGACAAGAAGGCCUAUCUCAAGACCAGCAUCAGUCUCAGGUGGUUGAUGGAAGCUGGUCCGGUUUCAGUAACGGUUUAGUUGGAAACCAGAGGCAUAUAGACCCAUCCAGUAUUGCUGGUCUGAAGAGUUAUAGCACACAACAACCUGUUGAUCCAGAGAGAUGGCAGUCUUCAAAUUCACACCAUGGCUUGAAUUUUACGCAGCAGCAACCUUCUUCUAUAAGGUCUGAGUACUCCAGAGGUCUAUUGCAAGAUAAUCAGCAACUCACAAAUGGUUACAUGCAUGGGAUGGCAAUGCAGAAUGGGUCAAAUGGUUUGGGAGUGGGUGUAGAAUCUAGUAGAGAUAACUUAUCAGCGAAAGGGUUUACUUCAGACAUUCAUAAAACUCCUAUGAGGUUUGAGAUGGGCGGAGAAUCUCCGGUUAAUUGUGAUUUCUUUGGUGGUCAACAGCAAUUAAACAGCCAGCCGCCUGGCAUGCUCCAGCCGUUUCCAAGGCAGCAGAUGACUUUCAAUGAUAUGCAAGUACUAAAGCAGCAAGUUAUGGUUAAGCAAAUGCAUGAGUAUCAACUUCAACAACAGCUUCAUAAGAAACAGCUGGAAGCCAGGCAGCUCAGUUCUUUGAAUUCACAUGCAGUAAAUGGAAAUCGCUCAAGUGAUAAUCAAUCACACCUUUUGAUUAAUGGUAUCCCUCUUCAGGAUGCGUCUAGUAAUGGUUGGCAGCCUGAUCUUGUGUCAGGAAAUACACACUGGAUGCACCCCGGCAUUUCACCAGUUUCAUCCAGUGGGCUUGGCGCUGAGCACGGACAGUCGAACUUACAGUUUGAACCUUCCUUGUACAGCAUGCCUCUUGGUGGGGCAAAUGCACCUCAAAAUUCCUUCUCUUCCGUUCAGAUGAACAGGUUAUCUUCGGAGCAUGGUUCCACUCUCACCAAUCAGCCUGAUAGUUUUAUGCUACCUAGAUCCACAUACCAGGAGAGAGCGAUGUUCUCAAAUACUUCAGCUCCAGGUUCAAAUGAUAGCCCAAAUUUUGAAUGUUUCCAGCAAGAUGGUCCAUCCGAGAGAAACGUUUCAGCGCAGGAGAAACUCGAUCAGAUGAAGGGUUCUGGUCCACCAGAAAAAUCAUAUAUAAAAGCGCCUGGAAAUGUUUCUGGGUCACAGAAGUCGACAGCCUUAGAUCCAACAGAAGAAAAGAUUUUGUUUGGUUCGGAUGACAAUUUGUGGGAAGCAUUUGGAAACGAAACUGAUAUGAGCUUGACAGGAAACCUGAUGUCCAGUAGUUCUGACCUUAAUGAUGCAUGCCCCUCUUUGAAAGGUGGGGGUUGGAGUGCUCUUAUGCUAUCUGCUGUAGCAGAAACAUCCAGUAAUGACGCAGGCUUUGGUAACAGGGUCCAGAAUCUUGGCGUCAAGGCUUCAAAUGCACUAAGUGAGAGACUCCACAAUGAUUCGGGCUCUAUUCAAACGAAUGAGGGGAUUGGAGAUAGAUUUGGUAUCUGGAAGGCUGCUUCUAAUCCAAACUUAGUUGCUCCUGUUGAACAGAAGAAUCACUUCACCCAAAAUCUACAAAUGAAGGCAAACUAUGGAUUUGGCAUUACCACUGCGGAAAACAAGUCAACUGCUUCUAGGGAUGUCCAGGAAAACCAACAGCAUUUGGGUAAUAACUCUGUGGAGAAAGCUACUCCUCAAGUGAAUUAUAGAGAUGGCAAUCAGAUCAGUCGCAAAUUUCACUAUCAUCCCAUGGGUAAUACUGGUGUCACUGAUGAGCCUUAUCGAGAAAAAGUUGCCCAUUUGCCACCCACACUGGAGCAGGUUUCUGCAGGAAAUCAAGGCUAUUUUUGGCAGCCAAAGUCUCUUAGUCAGCCACCUAUGAACAUGCAAAUUGACAGGGGACAUGUUUUACAAGGCAUAGGAUCAGAAAAUUCACCUACUACAUCUGCUUCAGCCGACAGAAGCGUUGAUAUGUGUAAUCAAGUGAAGAAUGCGUCAAGGCAGACUAUGCUUGAGCUUCUUCACAAGGUGGACCAGCCGGAGGAGCAUUCUGUGGAAACAAAUGUUUCCAAUAUUCCUGAAUCAACACCCUCUGCAGAAAAUGGUGGUCAAUUUCGUCAUAGUCAGUCGUCAUCUGCUUCCCAGGGGUUUAGUUUACAGCUGGCUCUGCCAUCUCAACCAGCUCCCUCACCUGAUAAUGUGCAGUUUUCUAUGAAUUCUUUGCAGCCAUUGAAUUCACUUCAUAUUGCCCCUGAAAAAGGACCAACAAGUCAAUCAAGGUUUGCUCCAUGGGCAUCUAAUCAAUCUUUUCCACAGCAAUCCACUUAUCAAGGAGAAAGCAACAAUGCCUCUGGUUUCCCAUAUUCCAAAGGGUAUCGCCAAAAUCAACUGAUGCCUGUUGAUACUCGACAAUUAACUUCUAACCAUUUAGUCAGUUCAUCCUCUGAGUUGUCAACCCUUCAAGUGAAAGAAAGAGAUCAAAGCAGUGACUAUUCAGCACAAACACCUUCCUUGCUAAAUCCUACGACCCACAACAACAAAGGAGAUUCAGCUGAAGGGUUUCGUAUGCUGUCUGCUCCUCAGCCUCAGGUUGUAUUCAGUUCGCCUCAGCAGAGUUCCUCUUCUGGUAUGAGAUCUGACUCAGGAGCCGGUAUUUCAGCACCGCAACAUCGGUUUUGGAACCAGCCACCUAAGCCUCAUUUAGAUAUAUUACGGCCGCAUCCAGUUACCAAUAGCCACGUAGAAGACAUCUUGUCAAGGCAGGAGAAGAGAAAUCAAUUAUCCUCUCAAAAUGGAGGAGACAUGUCAUUAAGUGGGAGGGACAUGGUGAAUAUGCAAGAGUUGCAGGGUCAAGAUAUGGGUGCAAAACAAACAGCUGGUGUUGCUUCGAUGUUCUCCAGAAUGGUGCAGAGCAAUCAUCAAACCUUUGAUCGCUCUUUUCCUUCAAACAACCUUCCGAAAGAUAAUAUGCGUCAGGAUGAGCUUAUGGCUGAAAAUGGGGAGGCUGACGCACCCAAGAUGACUGUGAAGAGAGUCGAGGAUAGUUCUGUUCAUCUUCAAAAGGUAGCUUCCAAAGAGGAGCAACAGUCACCUUUAAGAUCUGAUGGUUUACUGAGAGAUGGAUUGAAUCACAAGGAAUCAGCGAACCACUUGCUACCUUUCGGCCAAACUGUUUCUCAGAGUUUCUCCAAUAAGAAUCAUUCAGCCGCGGCUGGAGCAGAUCAUCAACAACAAAUCAGUCCUCAGAUGGCUCCAUCCUGGUAUAAUCAAUAUGGAACUUUCAAGAACGGACUGGUGCAACCCGUGAAUAAUACAGGGAGACUCACCUCCUUGAACAUAGAAGAAAAAUCUUCUAAUGUUGGGAGUUCAGCUGAUGGCUCACAUAAUGUUCAAUCUCCAAAGCAGUUUAAUACGCAGCAAAUGUCAGGCUCCGCACCAGGAGCGGAGAUUCCCUCAUCUGAGUCAUUGCCUCAUGGUGCAACUCAUACACUUCUGAAGGUUGAUAAACCAAAGAAGCGCAAAACCGCCACAUCAGAGCUUCUAUCUUGGAAUAAAGAAGUCAUGCAUGAUUCCCAGAGGCUUAAGACUCUCAGUGAGGCCGAGGUUGAUUGGGCCAGAGCAGCUAAUCAAUUUGCUGAAAAGGUGGAAUUUGGGAAUUUACUUGAGGAUGGCCUACCAAUCAGAUCAAAGAGAAGGCUUAUAUAUUCAACACAACUCAUGCAACAACUAUUUCGCCCGCCUCCUGCUAGGGUAAUAUCUUUGAUUGCUAGCUCUAACUAUGAGUUUGUUGCAUAUACUGCUGCAAGAGGUGCACUAGGAGAUGCAUGUAGCUCCACUUUUACUGAUAGGAGCGAAUGCCUUUUGCCCCAGAACAAAUCACCCCCGGUGUCUGAGAGAAGGAACACUGAAACAAUCAGUGACCAGUACAUCUCCAAAGCUGCUGAAGAUUUCAUUAGCAGGUCACAGAAACUAGAGACUAAAUUUGCAGGACUACAGAACGGAACUACAAUUGCAGACUUGAGCGUGGAACUCCAGGAUCUAGAGAAGUUUGCAGUGAUCAAUCGUUUUGCGAAGUUCCACCCAACAUCCUCAUCUACGGACCGGACCGUGAGUUCACUUAGGUUAAACCCACAAAGAUAUGUUACUAUAGCUCCAAUGCCUCAGAAUAUUCCAGACAGGGUACAAUGUCUCUCCCUCUAACUAACUAUUGAUGAAUCCGUUCAUAUUAUUCUGUUUUUGGCCAGUAGUUCCCAUUCAUAUGCAUGUUUGUAUUUCUUGGGUGGGUAUGAGUUAGUAGUUGGUCAGGAUUCUGAGAACUGUGAAGGUCUCUAUUGUUAAGAAGCCGGAGCUUUCCUACGAGACAACAUGUAGCAUUAAUGUAUUCAUCGUCACGAAUAUUGUAAGCCAAAAUAAUCCCAUUUGUAUACUUAG